AUGCCACUUAAAUCAAAAGAAUUUAUUGAUUCGUCCGACUCAGGUAGUGAUAACGAAUCAGGAGCAAAGGCAACAUCGAAAAAGCCGAAAGCUAAAAGUUCGGAUGGUAAACAUGAUCCACCAGCUAAGCGAGCUAAGCCAAAUGACGAGGACAGUGGUGCUGUAGCUUCAAAGACAGGACCAGGUGGUGAACGACUUUAUGAAAUUGGUAAAUCACGCUAUGUAUCUGUUAGCGAAUUCAAAGGUAAACCAUAUAUCAAUAUUCGUGAAUAUUAUGAAGAUAAAGGCGUAGAAAAACCAGGCAAGAAAGGUAUUAGUUUGACUGCUGAUCAAUGGGACAAAUUGAAAUCAUUGAUGAAUCAAGUUGAUAAAGAUUUGAAAAAAUCAAAAUAA